AUGGCUACGGGUGCUGGUAGCCUUAUGGUUGUGGUGCCGCCCCGCAGGGUGCACCCAGAGGUGAUGGCAGCGGGGCCGACCGCCUCGUCACGGCGUGGGGUGGCUUCCAGGGCAGCCGUGACAGCUGAACCAGCUGCUGGAGCCAAUGGCGCAGUAGCUGAAAUUGAGAAAAAGAUUAUAGAAGCUUUUGAGGUGUUUGACCAUGAAUGCAAUAAAACUGUGGAUGUCAGAGAGAUUGGUUCAAUUGUCAGGUCACUGGGUUGCUUCCCAACUGAGGCAGAACUACAUGAACUGCUUGCAAAGGUAGAAGAAGAAGAGCCGACCGGAUACAUUCAUCUGGAAAAAUUUCUUCCAGUGAUGACAAAAGUACUACUUGACAGGAGCUACCGGCCUAUUCCAGAAGAUGUUCUUCUACAUGCAUUUGAGGCUUUGGAUGAGAAUAAAUGUGGGUAUAUUAGUAAAGAGAAGCUGGUCAAAUACCUGACUGAAGAAGGUGAGCCCUUUACUCAGGAAGAAAUGGAGGACAUGCUCUCCACUGCUCUAGAUCCAGAAACAAAUACUGUUCACUACAGAGACUACAUUUCAAUGAUGACAGUAGAUGAAACUUAA